AUGCUAGGAAACGAAGUAGAAACUUACGAUUCAAUAUGCUACGAGAUAGGAAACGAUGAGCUUAAGCCCAAUGCACCAUGGGGAUUUGCUGUGUACCGCACCUGUUACAGCGACGAAAUCUCAUGGCGCAAAAUGCGACAACACAUCGAAACAUGCAUACAAGAUACCCUCGACCAUCCGCUUCACCAUGUUCGACGGACUCUACGCAAACGUCAUCAGGUUACUUUCAUUGAAGAUGAGCAAAGACUCGAUAGCGUCAGUCCAGUCGAAGUGAAGGUCCAUUUCGACACCUGGGCUAGACAGGAACUGGCAAAGAACUGGAAAGAGACGCCAGAAAUACCAGAGGUGGGAUUGUUUCCGUAUGGAGGACCGCCAAGUCCGAAGCAGAUGAUGUUUUAUGGCUCUCGAUAUAACGUGUGCAUGGUGAUCGAUGACGUUUGCUUACAGUCCGUCGACGAGACACGCAAAUCCACCGGUCCGUUGGUCCUUCUGCUGAAGAGAGAGUGGCAACCUAUUCGUUUCAAAGAAGGCGAUGACGUGCAUCCAGAUUAUGAGGAUGGCUGGAUGAUCGACCACGACGAAGGGCCAAAUGGUUGGAUAUAUGUCCGCGCAUCUAAUUAUGUUCAACACUACAACGAUCUAAAUGAAUGGUACAACGACUGGGACGAGGACCAUAUGUUCAUGUACCCGUCCGUGGUUUACGAAGAGUUGGGUCUGAAGAGAUCACCGGGGUUUUGGAGACAAAAGACUAAUGCCCAUGAGAAGAAGUGGAAUGAGUUCAAUGCAACGAGGACGCUAUAUGUCCACUCUCUGCAUCUCAAGUACGGGCCGGUCGUUCGCAUCGCCCCCAAUGAGGUGUCGUUCACGUCAUAUGAGGCUGUCAAGGAGAUCUAUGGGUCUCUCGGAAGCGGCUACGACAAAUCCAGCUUCUACAAUUUGUUCCGGGUGUUCAAGCGCAGGACCAUGUUCUCGACUCUGGAAAAGGGCGACCAUGCAAAGCGCAAGCGCAUCAUUGCUGAUCGCUACGCGAACAGCAAUGUCGUAAAGCCUACAGCGCUCAGCGGCAUCGAGAAGCGAGCCAAGGAAUUUGUUAGGCAGUGCGGUGAACAUACCAAAACCAGCAUGGAUGUCUACAUCUCCCUCCAUGCUUAUGCCUGUGACUGUAUUACCCAUCACCUGUUUCAUCCCUAUGGAACCAACAGUCUCCAGAAGAAAGAAGAUUUGGACAUGAUGCAUCAGGUUACCAGCGACGACAGCCUUCGAAGUCGCCUCGUCCAGCACCACUAUCCUGUCUUUUAUCAAUACUUCUCGAAGCUUCUGGAUCUUUUUCUUGACCCGCGCACCACACCUUUGGCCCAGAACUUCGUCAUUGGCGCCACCUCGAAGAUCGAUCCCGCACCGUUCACUCUCUUGAACCGGCUUCAAGACAAGACUGAGAGCAGCAGCAGCGUCAAUCAGCUUGACAGUACGGACAUUGCAGCGGAAUCCAUGGAUCAUAUGGUCGCCGGCAUCGACACGACAGGAGAUUCGUUAUGCUUUCUCAUGUGGGAGCUUUCACAGCCAUCAUCCCUCGAGUUUCAGAAGAAGCUCCAAAACGAGAUUCGAGAGAAUCCCGACGUUUCUUUCGACAAGCUGUCGUACCUUGACGCCGUAGUGCAAGAAGGACUUAGAUGCUUCCCGGCUAUUCCCAUGUCUCUGCCUCGAGUAGUGCCACAUGGCGGUAAGCAGAUCGAUGGCUUUUUCGUAUCUGAGGGCAGCAUCGUAAGCAGCCAGGCAUACUCGGUCCACCGAAACAACGACGCCGUCUUCCCGAAUCCAGACGUCUUCAACCCGGAGAGGUGGAUGUCUCCUACUGGCGAAGCUGAGAGAAAGCGGCACAUGUUUGCAUUCUCACAUGGCGGUAGAGGUUGCGUUGGCAAGCAGUGA